CUCGACACUGUCGGUGUCCUCAGUGGAGUCUCGACUUUCUCGUCCCGUUACUUCUUAACAUCUGAGUCAGAAACCAGCAGCGCUCAUUAGUUUUAGUUAAAACUUAGUUUAUAAGUUAUUUUAUUUUAUCUGGAGACCUUUAAUCUUUUAGCAGCCGGUGUUUUACAGACCCAGGUAACGGAGACACGAAGUUCCUGCGCUGCUAACUCCCGGUAGCAGUUAGCGUUAACAGUUAACGUCACUUUAAAAGUGAAGGCACGGAAAGCUAAUUGAAGCUAACUGCUAUCUGACGGUGACCGAGCUCAGACCGUUAACGUCGCGUUGUUUCGUUAUUCGGCUUUUGUUUUAAAGAAACUUCCGGCUGUAGUUUAACGGAAUCGCGGUGUUUAAAAGUUUGAAAGUUUCCGGUGAAGUUGAGUGAAAAUGGAGCCCGAGAGCUAACAGUCAGUCCGCGGGGAACCAGGACCCGGGGCCGCAGCCUCUCUCUUCCGCCUUCUUCCUCAUAGUUUGACACAUCAUUAAUCUCCCGUCGGCGGAGCCGUGAGUCAGGAUGGCCGCAGACUCCACCGGGAACUUCUCCCUCCUCCACCGGACCUGUAAGCUGGUGGUCCUGCUCUGUUUCCUCCACAUCUCCGUCACUCUCGUCUUCUACGUCCGCUCCCUGGACAUCCGGUUCGCCUUCGUCCAGAACCAGCAGUCCCGUAACGGCACCGCGCAGAUAACCCAGGUCAUAAACCCAGAGCUCAACCACGGACUCGAUCUUAAGGAGGCCCAGACCCAGAAGCAGGUGACCGCGGAGGAGAAAGACGAGGCCAAACCCGACGAGCAUCCACCGGAGGAGAAGAAGCUGGAGAGGUGCCCGGAGACGUCACCUCUGCUCGUGGGUCCGCUGCGGGUGGAGUUCAACACUCCAGUGAACUUGGAGCAGAUAAAAAAAGACAACCCCAACCUGCAGCUGGGCGGACGCUUCAAACCCAAAGACUGUGUGUCACAGCAGAAGGUCGCCAUCAUCAUCCCCUUCCGCAAACGAGACGAACACCUCAAGUACUGGCUGUACUACCUGCACCCCAUCCUGCAGAGGCAGCAGCUCGACUACGGAGUCUACGUCAUCAACCAGGAUGGAGACGAGACCUUUAACCGAGCCAAGCUGCUGAACGUGGGCUACGUGGAGGCUCUGAAGGAGUACGACUACGAGUGCUUUGUCUUCAGCGAUGUGGAUCUGAUUCCCAUGGACGACCGCAACACCUACAAGUGCUUCAGUCAGCCUCGACACCUGUCCGUGUCCAUGGACAAGUUCGGCUUCAGGUUACCAUAUAAUCAGUAUUUUGGAGGCGUGUCCUCGAUGAGUAAAGACCAGUACCUGAAGAUCAACGGCUUCCCCAACAACUACUGGGGCUGGGGCGGAGAGGACGACGACAUCUACAACAGGUUGGCCUCUAAAGGCAUGUCCAUCUCCAGACCCAGCGGCGAGACGGGGAAGUGUCGGAUGAUCCGCCACGAGAGAGACCAAAAGAACGAGCCCAAUCCUCAGAGGUUCAACCGGAUCGCUCACACCAGAGAGACGAUGCACAGAGACGGGAUCAACUCGUUGUCCUACAAAGUGGUGAAGAUAGAGAAGUUUGACCUGUUCACUAAAAUCACAGUGGACGUGGGAAAACCAUGACGACGAGCCACAGAGGUCAGCUGACAGGAAGAGGAGAGCUGGACUGAUGCAGUCGAACCAAAUGGUGCCUUCAGGUUUCAGGAUCAGACAUGCUGGACUCAGAUCAGCUGUUUCUGCUGUUUCUUUGAUUCUUCUUCUUUUUUGCACAAACAGACUGAAGCUUUGUGUUGUUGUUGUUUUUAUUUGUCUCUGCCGGGCCUCCGGGACUCGUCUCUGAUUGGUCACUGAAGGUAGCCAAUCGGCUGCCUCCGUCAGUCUGUCAGAUGCUGCUGCAACACAUCCUGAACGAGCCUUUUAUUUUGAAAAUCAAUCAGGGCUGCUGGGCCACACAGUGCGGGCUUAAUUGGUGGAGGAUUAUGGGUAAUAAACAGGGUGGGUUUAGAUCUGUCCUGAUCCAGGUCCUGGGUCUGAUCUAAUCUGGAUCCUGGAACUGAUUCUGAUCCAGAUCGUUGGUCUGGUUCUUACUUACUUUAACCAGCCUCAUGGUCUUCCUCAGAGGGGGACGACUCAGGUGAGAUCUGAGUCCACCUGCUGAUGAAGACUGUGAGACGAAGGCAGCGAGCGGCCGUUGAGUUCAGGUUCAGUUUUUUAUUUAGAUAAAAAACAAAAUAAUCAGAAUCAUCUGAAACUCGAGGGCCGCUGACUGAACUGAGCUUUAACUAGAUCUAAACACACAACCCUGUGUGUGUGUGUGUGUGUGUGUGUGUGUGUGUGUGUGUGUGUGUGUGUGUGUGUUUUAAAGUCUUUGAUAAUCAGGUGAUUAAUUGAUGUUUAUUUUUGAUACAAUCAGUGGGUUCUGUGAUUCAUUUAAAGGUAAACUCUGCAGGAAGUGACAGUUACUGUUUGUCAAAGGGACAGUUUGGAUUUAUUAAAGUGUGUUUAUAUGAGGUAUUUAUCUGUAGACAGUGUGUCGCCUACAGUAGAUGUCAGUUCGUCAGUUUGGAGAAACAGACAGUGAUUUCCAACAGGAGAAUAAAGCUGUUAUAUCUCUCUCUUCUCAGCCAGACUCCAGUGACUUAACACCAGUGAACACAGGAGCUGCCUCCAUCAGUUAGUGUGUUUGUAACACAGUGACUGUGGAUAAAUGCGUCAUACAGCCCCACUUUAAUAAAUCACAGCCGUCCCUUGCACGUACUCACCAGUCAAAGUGAAAUCUGACCCCAGGUUCACUCUUGUUCCUGUAUUUUUUGCUCUUUAUCCUUCUGUGUCUGCGUUUUUUGUAGCUUCCUCUCGGAUGCGUGCUGCUGACGGUCUGGCACCUGGUUGCCACCUUUUUUACAAAGUCCCGACCUCACCUGAGCGCUGUGACCAGGAACGUCCUGAACACGGCAGAACAAGCAGAGAGUAAUAAACUCCAGUCAGAGAGCAGAGUCUCUGCAGAUAAACUCACCACCACACUGAGAGUGGGUCAUUGUGACGACUCUGUGAGUGUAUAUGUUCAUUUUUAUGAAAAUCCUGCAGAGUUUAUCUCUAAAAUCUGCAUCCUGAUCAGCUUUCAGCCAAAACAAUCAAUACUUUGAUCGAUUGUAUCUCCAAGUGUCCUUAUCAGAGCUGUUGGUCCAAAGACUCUAACAUGAGGUCACCUGACAGCUGCAGGUGUGUGUCCAGAUCAGACUGAGGGACCCGACAGGUGAAACUCGGAAUCAAAUUGUGUGUGUGUGUGUGUGUGUGUGUGUGUGUGUGUGCGUGUGUGUUGAUUGUAUUUGCUACAUAGUGGGGACCGAAACUUUUUUUGAACAGAGCAAGGACAUUUUGGUAAAUGAGGACAUUUUUGCCGCUUUGCUCCUCUUUAGCGGCCUGUUAGAGGGCACAGACUUGAUUUAAGGUUCAGGUUAUAAUCAGGUUUAGGUUAAGGUCGGGGACGGGGACGGGGUUUGGUAUUUAGCUGUGGUGGUUAAGGUCAGGGUUAGGGUAAUGGGCUUAGGAAUGCAAUAUGUGAAGAUCCUCACAAAGAUAGAAGUAUAUGAAUGUGUGUUUGUGUUGUUGACAGGUUUGUUUGUUUAUCUUCAGACCAAAAAUCUUCAUUAUUUUGUUAAUAAAUGAAUGAAUCGCCUUUAAUGUGCCUUAAAUGAAUCCAGUGGAUCUGGUUGGACUGGUUUAACUGGCGGAGGGAACCAGUCUGUGUAAAUGUAAGAGGACGAAAAUGUGAUGUAAAAAAAUAAAAGCUAAGAACUGAA